CAUAGAAGACAUAUAUGUGGCACAUAAAGCACAUGGAUGCGGCACAAGAUGCACAUAUAUAAAACAUAAAAGGUUCAUAUACCUAUAUUGGGCUGGGUAAGAUGAGACACUAUUUUUAUUCUCUUUCUUGUCCCAUUAUAUAGAUAGAAAACAAAGAAUAUUUACAGAACUAUAUAAAUGUAUGCUCACGAUUUAAAAUAGCGGUGGUAAUUGUUUAAAACAUGAUCAAGAAAUGUUGGAAUGUGGUGCUAACGAUAUCUCAUUUUACCCCGCCCUACUAUCGCACCUAUACUAAAUAAAAAAGUGUUACACCAUCUGUAACGGAAGUAUUUAGGUGCCUGAUAUAUAGCUAUGAAUCUAUCUAUAUAGAGUAACUCCGUAAUUUAAUACCAGCCGCUAAUUUUUAAACGAUUAUACAAUUUAUAACAUAUGUUUGAGUGAUUUUAAAUACAGGUCAUUCAUGUUCAAACUAUGACCAGAGUGACCCCAACUCGCACCACAGUAAACGGUUUAUGGACAGUAGUUUAUUAAUAUUCAUGCGUAUAUAUUGCGACGUACGUGACAUAUGUCGCUAAACAGUAUUUAUUUUUUCGUUAUUCCUCUCGAAUGAAACAAUACUUAUAGGCAUUAACUACAGUUUAUAGAAUCAGAACAAAAAUAAUCAAGCAACUGUAGGUCGUAAUACAUUAACCCAAUGCAUCGAACCAGAAGGCAGUCGUCAGAUAAAAGUCACGAUGCGUCUUCGUUCUUGGUGCGAAGGAGAAGUUCGCGAAUUUUUCGUCGAAAUAAAACAACUGAUGCGUUGAUGUUGGGGAAAGAUAGAAACGACUCUAAUUUUCGUAGGGACCAUCCAAGCCGCCGCGCAGCAAAAUAUAAGUUGUCCGAAGUCCUAAGCAACCCCGUAACAUCCGCUCUAUUUAACAACUUUCUACAACAAGAGUUCAGUGGGGAAAACAUGGAGUUUUGGGAACGAGUCAAUGUAUUUCGUGCUCAGAAGAGAAAAAGCAAAAAGUUUGCAAAAACAAUUUAUAAUCAAUUCGUAGCAGAUGGAUCACCAAAACAGAUAAACGUUUCGAUGACCACGCGAAACAAAAUCAAAGACGAUCUGAAACGUUGCCCAGAUUCUCUAUUUGACGUCGCAUAUGAGGAAAUAUACAAACUGAUGGAAAAUGAUUCUUACGUACGUUUUCGGAGGUCACCCUACUACUGGCGCUGCUGCUGCAUUCUUAAUUUCGACAAAUAAUUAUUUAAAUAUGACCGAGUAAUAUAAAUAUGUACGCUUGUAUAUAUUGUUUUAGAAAAGUAUCACGAAUUUUAUUAGCGAAGUAAAUAGUUUCUAUAUACCAUUAUUAUUCCACGAAAAAAAUGUAAACGUGUUAUAUAGUAUGUAGGUUGAGAAAAUAUGGUUCUUUUUUUCAAUGUCUUUUAUCGUCCAAUUUGCUUGUAAACAAAGAAUAUUUGUAGAAUUCUAUAACAUUAUUCUCACGAGUCUAAAAGAGCGCUGUUAAUUGUUAAAAACACGUUUAUGAAAUAUUGGUCAUUUAUAGUAGGUGGGGGAAAUGGGACAAACUUUUCAUUCCAUUUUCUCGUCCCACA